CUAUUAUCGAAUGGUGCUAUAGCCAUAAUUGGGAUUUCGUCUAGAAAUAUGUUACCCAUCAUUAGAUCUCAUGCUGAAAAUAUUCGAGUACCAUUUAUAUCAAUCAACAAUCCAGCCAUCUCGUUUGAUGAAAGGGACUCCAAGUUUGAAUAUUAUAUAAAACCGUCUACUGCUAGAGCUGUGGUGGAUUUAGUAGAAUUCUAUGAGUGGGAUAAGGUCUAUUAUUUUUAUGAUACUGGUGAAUCUUUAAGUCGAAUGGAGGAAACGGUGGAUCAUUUACAUAGAAUAUACACUUCACCAGAAGUAGAUGUUCGCCAUGUUGAAAACAUUCUUCAUACUUAUGAUAGUUUGAAACUGCUAUAUGUGGCCAACCGUGGUGAUAAUUAUCGAAUAAUACUGGAUUUGGAGCCACUAGAUACAGAAUAUCUAUUGAGAGCACUGAUGGGUGAUAAAGGAGUAUUGAAAAUGAGAUUUCACUUUUUGUUACCACAUGUGAAUAUGAUGGAGUUAAAUUUAACUGUGUUAGAAGUUGGUGGUGUAAACGUCACUGGAUUUCAGUUAAAAACUAGAAACAUUGGUAUUUCGCAGUUUAGUUUUCCCUCCGGAUUAGCUGAGUCUGAAGUGGAUUAUGCUGUCGAUGCUGUCACUUUCUUCACCAGAUCUCUAGAACAUUUACAGAGACGUACAGGAUCGGAACGACUCUUUCACAAACUGCAUGGUUGGCGUGAUACAUAUUCUGAUGAAGUCAAUUGUAUCACAGACAAAUCUAUUUUAUGGAGAUAUGGCAAUUCUUUAGCCGAUGUAAUGUCAAAGACAGAAUUUAACGGUCAAAGUGGAAGUUUAGCAUUUACAGAUAAAGGUCAGAGGAGGAAUUUCACAUUAGAAGUAAAUGAAGUAACCAUGUACCGGGGGAUACACCCUGCUGGUGUGUGGAAUAGUGAUGGCUAUAUACCAAAAGGGCCCACUCCUAUAUUAGAUAAAGCUAACAGAACUAUAGAUAACAGAACGCGCAUUGUUGUCUCAAUUAAGGAACCACCGUACAUAGAAGACAGAAAGUUUCCAGAGGGGGGUCGACCCGAGAUAGGCUCUGAUAGAUUUACAGGAUAUUGUGUUGAAUUAGGAGAACGAGUAUCAAGAAUUGUUAACUAUGAUUAUCAUAUUAGAUAUGUAAUGGAUGAUGAAUAUGGUAAAAAAAUGGAUGAUGGUUCAUGGACUGGUAUAAUAGGGGAAUUAAUAAGACAUGAAGCUGACCUAGCUAUAGCACCUUUAACAAUAACAUCCCAGAGAGAACAAGUAUUAGAUUUUACCAAACCCUACAUGAGUCUUGGUAUCAGUAUUAUGAUAAAGAAACCAGCUGAUGUACAACCUCAUGUCUUCUCCUUUAUGGAACCAUUGUCCUCAGAAAUCUGGCUAUGUACGGCGUUUGCAUUUAUUGGUGUGAGUGUUGUAUUAUUUCUUGUAAGUAGAUUUAGUGUGGUUGAAUGGCAAGUGGAAGGUGGAGAUAAAAAAUUACAUAAUGACUUUACGAUAGGAAACAGUAUGUGGUUUUCAUUGGGAGCCUUUAUGCAACAAGGUUGUGAUGUUUUGCCAAAGUCUGUAUCUGGUCGUAUGGUUACUAGUGUAUGGUGGUUCUUUACUUUAAUAAUUAUAUCAUCCUAUACAGCUAAUCUAGCUGCCCAUUUAACUUUUAUGAGAUUGAGCACACCUAUAAAGUCUGCUGAGGAUUUAGCUAAACAAACAGAAAUAAAGUAUGGAACGUUGAAAUCCGGCAGUACCAUGGCGUUUUUUAAUGGUUCUACAGUUAACCUGUUUCAGAGAAUGUGGUCGUAUAUGACAUCACAACCAGAUGUUUUCUGUACUACAACUAGAGAGGGUAUAGAGAGAGUUCGUAAUUCAAGUGGAAAAUACGCUUUUCUUAUAGAAUCUACCACAAGUGAUUACUAUAAUAAUAAAAAGCCGUGUGAAACAAUUAAAGUUGGAAGCAAUUUAGAUUCUAAGGGAUAUGGAAUCGCCACACCUAUGGGUUCAGAUAUUAGAGAUAUGUUAACACUUGCCAUUUUAAAUCUACGAGAACAUGGAAUACUAGAAGAAAUGAGAAAACAUUGGUGGUAUAGUAAAGGUGAAUGUCCUGUAGAAAAGAAAUCACAAGAAAGUACAGAAAAUUCGUUAACAUUAACAAAAGUAGCAGGGAUAUUUUAUAUACUGGUUGUUGGAUUGGCAUUGUCUGUAGUUGCUGCUGUGUUAGAAUUUCUUUAUAAAGCUAAAAUAGACUCCAGAAAACAGAAUGUAUCAUUUAAAAAAGAAGCCCGAUCUAAAUUUAGGUUAUCUAUAAGUGGUGUUUCGGAUGAUGAAUCGAUGGGAGUGCGGACACCAUUACGAUCAACAACAUUUACAUAUACAGCUUACGAUGGUACGUGUAGUAGACGACAGGGUAAAACACAGACCAUAGUUUGAUGGUUAACACUGUUAAUGUAUUCUUCCUGUUUGUGAUAAAACACUUUUUGUAUUAUAUUCAUCCUUACAUAAUGUACAUUUUUCUAUCUUUAAUAUCACAGCCAAUCCCCAUUAUGCAAUCUAAUUAUAAUGUACAAAUUCGGGUUUAUUAUAGAAUUAACUUCAUUUAUCCACCUAGGGCGUUAUAUGGUAUUUACUACAUUUAUAUUCUCGUCAAAUCUAUUUGAUGAAACCAGAAAAGAUAAAAAGGUAUGCCGAUACAAACUGAUUUCAACACUGGUUUAAUAACAUUUUAAGGUAUUUGUCGUUCGUCUUGGGACUAUUCAUACAUAAUGCCAUUGCAUACAGAUGGACACCAUACUAUAAUUUAUACAUAUUUACAUAGUAACACUGUGGUUUUAAUUGUCUAUAGUUACCAUUGUCUAUGGUUACAUAGUAUAUAGGUUACUAACAGAAAACAAGUAUACACGUGUGUUAAUCUGUUGUGUAUGGGUACAAUUUAGGAACAAAGAGUGGAAAAUAGUCUCGGGAUAGAUUAAGAAAAUUAAUUAAAUCAAUGACCCAUUGUUACUUGUUAACUAAUAAGUCGAGGAAUGUAUUUUGAAUAAAAUGGUUUUCCAUUAUUUUUGUUUUUGUCAAGUCAUCGAUGUAAAAGUUUCGACCACCAUUGCAAGUCAGGACAUAAUAUAGAGAUUCUUUGUGUCACAAUUCAUAUUAUCGUUGACACUAAAAGUAAAGUUAUUAUAAUAUGAAAAUUGUAUUUGUUACAUGGCGCUAUAUGGUCGUAACAUGUACACCGAAGGUUCGGGCAUUUAGAUACAUAAAAACCGGUCCUUGUGAUAGAUGAAUUGGAUUUUGCUUUGGUUAGAAGGCGUUUCAGAUUAGGUGACUGUCUUUGUGAUUUAAUAUAGUUUUGAUGAGAAUAUUGAUGUAGUAAACACUAUAUAACGCCCUACAUGGAGAAGUUAAUUGACUUUAUUGAAUAAAUGUUGCAUGUUGAUAAGAUAUCGAAAUUUAUGAUCACAAGCAAUGGUUAUAUUUAACGGCAGUUUCAGUCCUUUUACAUAAAUAAAAUGUAGUAAAUCUUAUACAACUGUGUAGUCAAUAGUUUAGGAUCAGAUUGUCCAAAUUUUAAUUUCUAAAAAUUAGACUGGCAGAUUAUAUUUAUUUAGCAACAAACCAACCGAUACUCCUUGGUUUCUGUUUGGUAAUCCAUGAAAUUUAUAUCGUGUUGUUUGCAAUUUUGAAUCUUUUUUCAUGUUUGACGAGUUGUCUUAAUGUACAAAUUAUUUAGUAAUGUAUACAGUCGUAUAUUAUCGCCACACAUGUUCGCCCGUUAUAAGGUCUGUUUCCCCGUCGGUUUUGUGUAAAUAAAUGAUGUUUAAGAUAAAUAAAAUAAAACCAAGUACGAACAAUCCAAACCAUUAGACCAAAUUCGAAGUCCUAAAAAAACGAUAUAGGUAAAAUAGUGUAAUAAGGCAAAAUAGUGUAAUCAGCAUAUGGACUGUUCGCCGUGUGCAAAAUACGCGACAAACAGUGGUAACAGGUGUCCGGAAGAGUAAGCUUACCCUGCCUGGCGUCACAUGAACAUUUUACAACUUUUGAGAUUAACGGGGUAUUAUGAAAGAUAAAAUUACUCACAUCGGAUCUAAACUUGACCCAUUUCUGUAUAAAGCUGUUCUUUGGCGUUCAUUAUUUCAAUUACAUAAAACUCUAAGAUUUGAGUUAAGGCACUUGUAUUUUAAAACGUGUCGUUUGGGGUGAAGAAUACAUUUUUAUUGAGAUUACACAACACUUAAAGGCAUCGUAUUACAUUUUUGAGACAAGUUUGUGAGGUUACCUCUACAGACUAUCGAUAGCAAUAGCGGGCGUUCAUUGUGUUUGCGACCAUCGCCGAUUUAUGUGGAUGAUUACAGUAGUUAGUCGUAGAUGUAUGUUUUAAUUUUAACAACCGUAAGAUAGUGUGUAUGCCAAUUGUAAUUUAUAUUCUAUUAACGCUUCAACAUGCCAGAAUAUAUGUUAAAUCAAAAAUACUUUUAUUAAAUCAAGGUUUAUUUUUUAUUGUGUGUAAUAAUAAUUCCGUUACCCUUUUCUACCAAGCCAGCCCAUUCUUCAUAAGUAAGUUUUUUAUGCCUGAAUGUGUUUAUUUCAUAAUAACAACAACAGACUUCACAUUAAAAUACAGCAUAUUUUCAACUUUCGAAAUAUAUGCUUCUUUAAUAUAUAAAGAGCUUACGUGAUAUCCUAUUUAUGUAGUUGACCGAUCAAUAUCAAAUUUUUCGAUAUAUUAUUUUAGUAGUUAGAUUUUGUGUGCCAAUGAUGUUAAUACUAUAUAAAUUAUACAUCUAUUUAAAUAGAGAAGUUUGUGUUGUGUCAUUUUCAUUUAUUCACACGUCGUUAUAUGAAUGAACGCCCCUUGAGUUUAGCAUUCAACUGUUGUGUAGUAAUGUAUGUAAACUUCUAUUUGAAAUGAUUUAUUAAUAAGCAUAUUGUGAAUAUUUUAGUGUGUAUUUCUGAAAAUAAUAAUCUGUAAAUAUGUCUUUAGAAGAAAGGGGAGAUAAUCGGUAUUGCCUUCUCCCCUACCUGUGUUUCACAUUUCACUACAAUGAAUAAAAUAUUAUAGCAUUUUUUAUUCCUAUUCAUUCAAUUUUCAUCCAUGCUUUUUGUGGUUCUCUUGCAAACUGAAGAAAUUUUAUUUCAGUUAAGGAACAGCCAAUCUGAUUAAAACACAGAUCCUAUUUCGUUUCGUUUUUAUAGCUCAAAAUUUCGUUUUACUUGUCUUUACUACACUAGGAUCUGGAAGUUGUUAUCAUUGACGUUUUUGAAGGAUUAGCCAAUGAAACGGUCUGUUACGGCGAACUUUAGGCGUAUUUUGCACGGAACUGUGGGUAAUCCACAAGUAACAUCAAUGUUGAUUGGUUAAUGAAAUGUCGCUCAUAUGACCUCUGACGCGACCUAUGGCUCCAACCGGUCAGAUCUUCAUGUAAUGUAGGCCAUCGAAAUUAUAAAAAACGAAACGAAAUAUAGAUCUGUAUUUUAAUCAGAUUGAGGAACACCAAGCAAAAUGUUUCCUACGUGUGGAAUGGUACAGUCUUUGAAUUAAUCAAAGAAGAUUAAAAUGUAAAUCGGUACUAGCUUGUGCUGUCAAAAGUAUAUUGGAUUGUGUCUUAGAUUUUUUAUCACUUUGACUUGUGUUGCCCAGUAUGUUUGUGAUUUCUAUAAUGUCAGAUAGGUGUUACUGCCGGUUACAAUAGGUUUCCUCAUUUACACGUGUAUUUAUGUAAAACUAAUGUUUUUAUGUUUAUUGAUAAAUUUUGAUCAUCGUAUUUAAGUAUUGUAAUAUCUGCGCGCAUAAAGUAUAUACGUUUGUGAUUUAAUACCUUAUUUUAUCAUACAUAUUGAAAUGUUAUGUAAAUAAUAUAUUGAUCUAUAUAGUAACCAGAAGCGAUCAAUAGCAAAUUAUUAUAUGUGUACCUCGGCUAUCGUAAAACUGAAUAAAAAAAGGUUUUC